UUAUAUUCUGCAAAGUACCCAUGACAGUCUUGAUGGUAACAAGUGGUCAAUUGCUGUGCUAUGCCUUGUAUGACAAAAGUCCUCUCACCAAGAAUACCUUUGCUUUGACACUGGUGGACAGUCAGACCAUAAAAACACUGCUGAGGAGUGCUAAAGUGGCAAUGAAACAGCCCAACAGAAAGAGGAAGCUUAGUAUGGAUUCCAAAGAGCAUUUGAAUCAGGAUGGGUGCUUGGAGCAAGCCGAGGAAGAAAAGAAGCCCAGGGAUGGUGCAACCCCGUUGAGUCACGUCCCUUCAGUGACUGCACAAGAAGCGUGGUCGUGGGAACAGUACUUGACAGAACAGAAGGCAACAGCAGCACCUGUUGAACUGUUUUCUAAGGACCAAUCCUUUCCGGAGCAUGAAAAUGGUUUUCAGGUUGGAAUGAGAUUAGAAGGCAUUGACCCCCGACAUCCAUCUGUAUUCUGUGUGCUUUCUGUAGCUGAGGUGUGUGGUUACCGCCUCAGACUUCACUUUGAUGGUUAUUUAAGCUGCUAUGAUUUUUGGACCAAUGCUGGUUCCCCUGACAUUCAUCCGGUAGGGUGGUGUGAGAAGACCAAACACGAAUUGCACAUCCCUAAGGGUUAUAGAAAAGAUAAAUUUGUUUGGAUGGAUUACUUGAAGGCCUGCAAAUUGCAAAAUGCUCCCAAGAAAUUAUUCAGAAACAGAAGUUCUAAUGGGCCAAUGCCUAAAGAAUUUCAGGUUGGAAUGAAGCUGGAGGCCGUCGACAGGAAGAACCCUUCCUUGGUGUGUGUGGCAACCAUAGCCGAUAUUGUUGAAGAUCGCUUACUAGUGCAUUUUGACAAUUGGGAUGAUAGUUACGAUUACUGGUGUGAUGUAAAUAGCCCUUAUGUUCAGCCAGUCGGUUGGUGUCAGGAGAAUGGAAGAACUCUGAUAGCACCCCAAGGUUAUCCUGAUCCAGAAAAUUUUUCCUGGACAGAAUAUCUGGAAGCUACUCAAACUAAUGCCGUUCCUGCCAAAGUUUUUAAAAUGGUUCAUUUCGAUGGCUGGGACCACAAAUAUGACUACUGGAUGGAUGCAGACAGCCCUGACAUUCACCCAAUUGGAUGGUGUGAUAUAACAGGGCAUCCACUGGAAAUCCCAUAUCGAGCAAAUGAUGUGAAAAUCCUUCCAGGUCAAGCUGUUUGUCCUACUCCAGGGUGCCGAGGAAUAGGCCAUAUCCGUGGUCCACGGUAUUCAGGACAUCACAGUGCUUUUGGCUGCCCGUAUUCAGACAUGAACUUGAAAAAGGAGGCAACACUUCAUGAUCGUCUGAGAGAACAAACACAGGCAAAUUUGGAAUCCGACUCUUCGCAUUUGAAAUCGAAGAACCUCUGCAGUUUGAACUUCAACGGAAAACAUGAAAAGGUGAACAGUCAGCCUAGACUUGUACAGCAGGCAAAGUGUUUGAAAAUCAAAGGAAAAGAAGAUAUUGACUUGGAUAAUCUCUUCAGAGGCAUGGAGGAGCCCACAGUGAACAAAAGCAGAGCUGGCCCCAGCUGUCAUGGAGCACAUGGUCUAGUGAGGGUGACUAACACGAAGCCGUGGCAGGUUACAGCUGAGGUAAAUGAAUGUGUCAUCUACAAGUAA